UCGUUGGUUCACUGCAAAUGGCACGUUUUGGGUACGUAUAAUGUAGUGGUUACCAACGAUGUAAACAGGCAAGUUUCCUUGGAGAUCGUAACUCGGGAAGGUAGUUUGUUUUGUUUUUAAAGCCGUCUCCACCUUGCGUGUGUUCAAAGCCCAUACUGUCGUAUGGCGCGGAUUGGAGCACGUAUUAUUUCACGAAACAGUCGUUGAUAAAGCGCGAUUUGUUUUUCUUCGAUCGAGCAACGACGGUGACGUCACGUCAGAUGCCCUCAUUCGGCAAGUCGGUGCAAGGAUUGAGCUUCACGGUGAACACAUUGAGCUAUACUGCAUAACAUAGUGUCAUGGCUGACCAAGAAGAACAACCCUCAUCUGAAGGGAUGAAGGCCGAAGAGGUUGCAGAUGACAACACCGCAAACCAAGAUGAACAACAGGAGACGGAGCAAGCAGUUGAUGCUACGACAGAAGAGGAAACAAACAGAAAUGAGCAGCCAACAGGAGAUGCACAAGAUGAGCAAGAAGAAACAAAAGAUGAGGAAGCUACGGAUGAUGCUGGGAAGGAGCAGACAGAAGAAGAUGCGGUCCUUGAGAAAGGGGAGGAGGAGGGGGAAGAUCCAUCUCAAGAUGCGAUAGAAGAUGGAGAGAAGGAAGAUGAACCAUCUGAGGAGCAAGUUAAUGAAGAUGAUAAAAGGGAAGACCGUGAGCAGUCACCGGCCCAGAUGGCAGAGGAUGAUGGGGAGGAGCCACAGGCCGUAGCCCCGCCCCCGACAGCAGAGGCGGGUUCAUCAUCACCCCAGCUGAUGAGAGAAGCAACAGAGGAGCCAAUCCAGGAAGAAACCACCAAUGGUCCCUCGGCAGACUCCACAGCAGAACCCUCAUCAGACCAGGGUGGGGAAACCGUCAAACCAUCAACGCCUGUAGACAAACCAUCUGACACAACCCCUGUCGCGGACAGACCCAGCACAGCCAGUUCAGCAACUUCCAAUGUCGAAGUCUCUACCAAUGCCUUGAGUUUAACGUGGUCGUUUGGUGUCAACAAGACCGUCCCCACCAUUAAUCUGACCAAUCAGCUUCGCCGGAUGUGCGUCUAUACCACGGGUCACACUGCAGUGCUCUACAACUAUGAAAAGAACACUCAAAAGUUGCUGCAGGGACAUAGCAACAACAUCACCUGCACCUGCGCCAGUCGAGACAAACGUUGGAUAGCUACGGCGGACAAAGGACCUAACAGCAUGGUCAUAGUGUGGGAUACUUACACAGGGACCCCUGUCCAGACCAUCUUUGAAGCUCAUGAGAAUGGUGUGGUUGCUAUGGCAAUGACCCCUGAUGCCAAGUACCUUGUUACCAUGGGAACCAUCCCCGACCAGUCUUUAUCUAUCUGGGAUUGGACGACGGACGGUGAGACACCAGUCUGCUCCACUCAACUCAGUAACAGCUACGGACAGCAGACCUACGUCCACUUCAAUCCUGAAGAUACCAGUCAGAUUGUCUCCAAUAGCGACAGUCAGGUCAUCUUCUAUGCAUGGAAGGGCAACAAGAUUGAGUUUGUGGCUCCGUCUCUGACUGAUCAAGAUUUCAACCGAGUCGUUGGCAACUACAGCCAGUCCAUCUACUGCAGUAAUAGCACCAGGGCGUUCACUGCGACGUCCGUGGGUAACGUAGUGGUCUGGGACAACUGCAGGCCCAUCUCUGGACCACCUCUCCUAGAACCAUCUCCAAACAAGAAAGCCUUCAAGCUGGUCCGUGUCCAGGAGCGUGGUAUCACCGUACUGACAACUACAGAGCAAUACAUUGUAACAGGAGACGUGAACGGCCACGUUAAGUUCUACGAUCUACAGCUUCGUAUGUCCAACUGGUACAAUGAGUUUGGUGUUGGGCCGAUCAAUUCUGUCUCCUUUGCCUACGUGCCUGACUUUGAGCCCGAAUUGGCAGAAGACAGUGAUUAUCCUCCCGAUGCUACCAUCAAUGCUACCUCCUUCAUUACUCGUGAUUACAUCCUGAGUACAUUCAUAGCUCAGAUUGCUCUCAUCAUCGCCGACGGCACACAAGUCAAGAUGAUUCAUUCAGAGCACGAUGCAGCUAUUCAUGCCCUGGCCACUCAUCCAAAUCUAUCGCAAGUUGCCAUUGGCAGCUAUUCAGGGUUUCUCAAAGUCUGGAAUUACAAAUCAAGGACUUUGGUGGCAUCUAGAAACUUCCCCAAAGGUCAUCUGAUCCGAUGUAUGGCCUACGACCCCAAGGGAAAUUAUCUAGGCGUUGGUUUCACCAAUGGCUGUGUGCGCAUCUUAGAUGCCAUAUCCCUUGAGGACGAAUGCGAGGAGCUGUUCCGUUAUUCCCGAGAUGCGGUCACUCAUUGUACAUUCUCCCAUGAUUCCAAGUGGAUGGCCGUCGCUGAUGCUGAUCAUUGCGUCACUGUUUUCAAAGCUCAACAUCCCAGCACCGGAAUGACGUGGGAUUAUCUGGGUAAACACAGGGCUCAUUAUAAACCCAUCCAGGAUCUGUCGUUUGGCGUGGCUUUGGACUCGGACACUCCUAGGCUGCUGUCUGUUGGACAGGAUAGAGCAUUGAUUGAGUACGACCUGUUCAACAGCAGUAGAGAUGACCUGAAGCUGCUAGGCAUGGAUCGUAUUGAACAGAGCGGUGUGCCUCAAUGUCUGGUCUGGUACCCACCCAUCACUAAGGAACAAUUCUUCCUGACUUCAAAUGAUCAGUUCAAGUUCAAGCUGUUUAACACGACAACUAAAAUGUGCAGAAAGACGGUGCUUGGUCCAACAUAUGGCUCACCAAUUCAGAGAAUGCAAGUGCUUCCAACUAAGGACCCGAUCCAUGACAAGCGAUACUUAGCCUUCAUUACAUCCGAUAAAGUCGGAAUGCACAUUAUGCCAUUAGAUGGAAAUCCACACAACGGAAUGGCAAUGAUGGCACAUCCCAGUGGAGUCACCAACCUGGCUUGCAGCCACGAUGGCAAAUAUCUAUUCACCUCAGGAGGUAGCGAUAGCACUGUUCUUAUGUGGACCAUCAGCAUUGUUGCUCUAGAAGCGACAGCCAAGCUCGGAGGCGAGGACCUGAUUCCAUUCUACGGUCUUCUUGAAGGAGGCAGGGAGGGAGAACUCUUCAGGGAACUGGAGAAUUACUUCUACUAUGCACAGAUCAGAAGCCAAGGUGUGGACACUACCGACAUGAGAGAAGUCUCCGUCAAGAUUCCACUCAGCGAGAUCCCGUUUGUCAUGAGAGCCAUGGGUCAUUAUCCGUCAGAGCAAGAGAUCGAAGAUAUGACAAAUGAGGUCAAGUUUAGCCAGUAUGUGGACACCGGCAAAUAUAACACGGAUAUUGACCUGGGGGAGUUCAUCAAAUUGUACGUCAACCAUCGGCCGGCCUUUGGGUUAUCAGAGGCUAAGCUACAAUGGGCGUUUGAAGUUCUGGGCUUUGAUGAGGGGAUGGGGCAGCCUGCUAUUGAGAGGGGAGAACUGCUACACAUGCUGCAAAACAAAGGCGAGCAAAUGACAGAAGCCAACUUAGCAGAAUACCUGACGACGCUACUGGGCUUCAAUCCAGAGGGAGGGAGUUCAGAGAUUGGAAGCUUCGACCCAGCAGGCGCUGCCGACUUGCUGGACGAGAGUCUACCGGAGCUGAUCACAGCGGACAUGUUUGCUGGCGAGGUUCUCGGGUUCGGUGGAGUGGAGGGCAUGGAACAGCCGUCUGCUUCUGUCAUGGAAUAAAACAUGAAAUAGCUGUUGGCUUCCAUCUUGAGUAAAUCAGAAACUGUCAUCUGCUUCCAGUAUGGAGUAAAACAUGAAACAGUUGCCUGUUUCUAAAAUGUAGUAAAUUAAAAAGUGAUAAUUUGCUUUGAGUGUGGAGUAAAACAUGAAAAAGUUGUCUGCUUCCGUCAUGUUGUAAAUUAUAACAUUCAUCUGUUUUUAGUAUGGAGUAUAAAGCACGGAACAGACGUUUGCUUCUUUCUUGGAGUAAAACAUGGAACAGUUGUCUGUUUCUGUCAAUGAGUAAUACAUGAAACAGCAGUCCUGUCAUGGAUAACAAGUUUGUAAAUAACAUGGCAGCAUUUGUAAAUAAAUGUACAGUGAUUUCAAGUGCCGACGCUUCAUGCUGUUGAUUCUUUCUGAUUUUUAAAACAGAGUAAUGGGAAAAUGCAAGUGUCAAACAAGUGAGUUUUGUUGAGUGUGAAUUGUGUAUCAAAGUAUAUAUUCUUUUUUCAAAACAGAAUUAUAAUGGACGUUUAACUUCAUGCAUUGGAAUGCACUAACUGAAUUCAAUUUGAAAGUAAACCUCUUCCAAUGAUUGGUGUGUUUGUUAACAAGGUGCCCUAACAAGUUAAAAAAAAAGUCUACAGUUAACACAACCAGCAGAAAUAUUAUUUGGAGAAAUAACAGGUCUCCAAAUAAUCUUAUUGACAAUUUGAUAAUGAGGGUUCACACAUUUUCUUUUUACAUGUUAACACAUUAUUUUGGAACAUUAAACAUAAAUGCACUGGUUUCCACUCUCAAAAUAGCAAAAUUUACUUAUAAACGAUCUCAAAACGUAUUACAUUUUCUGUACACGAAACGAUGUUUUCAAUCUUGUAAUUGCUAUUGCAAUUGAGUUCCACGCGCGGCAACAGCAACACUUUCCAUUUAGAUUAGCUUUUAAACAUGCCCUGUAAAUUUGAAAUGACAACCGUCCAUAUUAUCUAGUAUGUUUGCUUUAAAGAAUAUCGAUGUACAUGUACAUGUAUAUACAAUUUGUUUUACUCCAAGGAGAUGUACAUAAUAAAGAGAUAGAGAUUAAAAUGAA